ACCAGUGCAUCAUGGUAAUCGAGUUCGACAAAAUGGCGGACGCGCGAUGGGUUGUGUGGGAGAUUUGGUUUAUGUACUCGCUCUUAGCCGUAUAUUUUACUGAAAUAGUGGCCUACACGGGUCAACUAGAUAGCAGAUGCUUUAAUGAGUCAUGUGGAAGGACGUUCGACCCUCGAGGACCACUAGUCGACUGCCAAUACUUGCCGCUUGAUUUCCUAGACUGCGAACAACCGCUCGAUUUAAAGGGAAACAGCAGUGCAAAGAAAGAGCAAGGAUAUGGUUGCGUAAAAUUUGGGGGGUCCAGGUAUGACGAAGUUGAGAGGACCAGGGUUUGGUGCACUGUUCUUGAUGGCAUUGAAUGCUAUGGGGAACGACGGUUCCUUGGCAGAGAAGUGCCCUGUAUCAAAUACAGUGGCCAUUAUUUUGUGACCACACUUCUGUACUCCAUUCUGCUGGGGUUCCUCGGUGUCGAUCGCUUCUGCCUUGGACACACUGGUACUGCAGUGGGCAAACUCCUAACCCUUGGGGGCCUAGGGAUCUGGUGGGUGGUGGAUGUUAUACUAUUAGUCACUGGAAGCUUAAAGCCUGAAGAUGGAAGCAACUGGAAUCCAUAUUAUUAGACUUUUUAAAGUCUCAAAAUAGAAAGCUAGAAGCAAAUGCUAGAAAUGAGACGGAAGAAAACGUUGAUAAAGUUUGAUAAAACUUUCAUUUCUCAUGUAACAUGAUUACACUUUUACUAACUUGUGAAUUGUGCCAAAAAAAAACACUGGAACCUGCCCUUUGGGAGUAGGGCCAUAUUUGGGGCUUACUUUCAUAGACAAAUAUCAGUGAAAAAGGGGUGACUUUGCUGGUUUGUACAAUGAAACUCUAUGUAUAAAGGACUCUAUGAUUAAGAGGAAACUCAGUCCUUCUAGAAGGGUCACAAUGUAUGUAGAUUUACGCUAGAAAUACAGUAUUAAGUCAUGGUCCUUUCUGGCCACUGGCUGUGUUAAUGAUAAAGACAUGCGAAUGUAAAUAUUGUAAAUAUACACCAAAUAUCAUAUUAUAUGGAUUAUUGUGAAUUCAAAUAUCAGAAAAAAUAACAAAACUCCUGGUGAGACAAA